AUGGUCGGUCCACCCGUCAGCGCCCGCGAUCGCCUUCGUCACCAGCACGUCCCGCUGAUCUCGCCUCCGGACGAGGACAUAGUCCAGCAUAUGCCGAUGACGCUAUCAAGGAUGCCUCCAGGUAGCCUUCUCUCGCUCCGGCAGACAGAAGAACGUGUUCGUCAGGAUGAAGCGGUGUUCUGCUCAGGUGCGCAGGAGCAUCAGUCCAUAGUCGUUGGAGCCGCGGAGACCAUGGGGACCCAACACUCCUCUCCAGGCAGUGUGGUCUGUGCCAACGCGGGCGUUGAAAUCACCAAGGACAAUCAACUUGUCCGCAUUCGACACAGACGCCAAGAGGGCGUGCAGGUCCUCGUAGAUUUUGUCUCUUGCGUCGGCGUCGGGACUGCUCAUCGGCGGAGAGUAGGCGCUGAUGAUGGUGGCGAAUUUGCCCCCCCCCCCACCCCCGCCGGAGAGGCAGACGGAGGCUCAUCAGGCGAUCGUUGA